CGGAGGACGCGGAGCACCACAAACAGGAACUUUAAAGGGAUUGAAAUCUGUUGCCUGUUCCACUAGGAAUACUGUUUGCAAGGCACAAGGUGUCUUUUGGUAGUGAGCACCCUCUGCGCAUGCGCAGGUCCAUUCGGGAAUUAACUGCCCUGCCGCCGACUAAGUUGCAUUCCUUGAAUCUUCGCAGAAAAGACAAUUCUUUAAUCAGAGUUAGUAAUGUGGACAGUACAAAAUCGAGAGAGUUUGGGGCUUCUCUCUUUCCCUGUGAUGAUUGCCAUGGUCUGUUGUGCACACAGCGCCAAUGAGCCCAGCAACAUGUCAUACGUGAAAGAGACAGUGGACAGAUUGCUCAAAGGAUAUGACAUUCGCUUGCGGCCGGACUUUGGAGGGCCCCCCGUGGAUGUCGGGAUGCGGAUCGAUGUCGCCAGCAUAGACAUGGUCUCCGAAGUGAACAUGGAUUAUACACUCACCAUGUAUUUCCAGCAGUCUUGGAAAGACAAAAGGCUUUCUUAUUCUGGAAUCCCAUUAAACCUCACGCUAGACAACAGAGUAGCUGACCAACUCUGGGUACCAGACACCUACUUUCUGAAUGACAAGAAAUCAUUUGUGCAUGGGGUUACAGUGAAAAAUCGAAUGAUCCGACUACACCCUGAUGGAACAGUUCUCUAUGGACUCCGGAUAACAACCACAGCUGCAUGUAUGAUGGAUCUACGAAGAUAUCCUCUGGAUGAACAAAACUGCACCCUGGAGAUUGAAAGUUAUGGCUAUACAACUGACGACAUUGAGUUUUACUGGAAUGGAGGAGAGGGAGCAGUGACCGGAGUUAAUAAAAUUGAGCUUCCUCAGUUUUCAAUUGUCGACUACAAGAUGGUGUCCAAGAAAGUGGAGUUUACAACAGGGGCAUAUCCACGACUGUCACUAAGUUUUCGUCUAAAGAGAAACAUUGGUUACUUCAUUUUGCAAACCUACAUGCCUUCCACACUGAUUACAAUUCUGUCCUGGGUGUCUUUUUGGAUCAACUAUGAUGCAUCUGCAGCCAGAGUUGCAUUAGGCAUCACCACGGUGCUGACAAUGACGACCAUCAGCACUCACCUCAGGGAGACCUUGCCAAAGAUCCCUUAUGUCAAAGCGAUUGAUAUUUACCUGAUGGGCUGCUUUGUGUUUGUGUUCCUGGCUCUGCUGGAAUACGCCUUUGUCAAUUACAUCUUCUUUGGAAAGGGACCCCAGAAAAAGGGAGCUGGUAAACAAGACCAGAGCGCCAAUGAGAAGAACAAGCUGGAGAUGAAUAAAGUCCAGGUCGACCCCCACGGCAACAUUCUCCUCAGCACCCUGGAAAUCAGGAACGAGACGAGCGGCUCGGAAGUGCUCACGGGCAUGACUGACCCCAAGGCCCCCAUGUACUCGUACGACAGCGCCAGCAUCCAGUACCGGAAGCCUCUGAGCAGCCGCGAGGCAUACGGGCGCGCGCUGGACCGGCACGGCGCGCACAGCAAGGGGCGCAUCCGCAGGCGCGCCUCGCAGCUCAAAGUCAAAAUCCCCGACUUGACUGAUGUGAAUUCCAUAGACAAGUGGUCCCGAAUGUUUUUCCCUAUCACCUUUUCUCUUUUUAACGUCGUUUAUUGGCUUUACUAUGUUCACUAAGGUCUGUCCUAAUGGUUCAUAAACGGCUACUUUCCUCUUCUCAUGAUUUGUAACCCCCCAGGUCCCCAGCAGCGAUCCUGCUGUGUUUUUUGAGGUAAGAGAUUCAGUCAUCCAAUUGGUUUUAGGUCUUGCAUAUCAAUUUUAUUACUGCACCAUGUUUACUUCAAAAAAACAAAAACACUAUUUUUUUCCAGUCUACUGUGGUCCAGGUUAUCGGCUCUUUCAGAGCUCUAUUAAUUGCCAUGUUUACAAACACACACACACAGACACACACACACAAAGAGAAGUUAGAUAGGUAGAUCUUUAGCAGUCCUUCCUAGUUGCCCUGGAUUUUAGUGAUUUAUUUUUCUCAUGAGAAUGAAAAGGGGACCUAUCUCUCUGUGUGCACUGCUUCCUGGUAAACCGUAACAAUCUCAUGCUGCCAAAAAAACAACACAAUUUCCAGGAUCUCAGAAGACAAAACAAAGCCAUUGACAAGUUACAGAUUUCCAGGAAGAAGGGAAAACAAAAAGAAGCCUAGAAAAGGAGGACUCCCGUCCACCCUCAAGUUCCCCUAACUCCCUGGUAGGCGGGGUCUCAGCUCUGUGGAAGAGGCGAGAGAGACUGGCACGCGCUGAUCCAGAUUACACAAACUGAAUCUGCCAUCUUCACCUCACCAGUAAGCUAGAAAUUCUGAAAAAUGCUCCUUUUUCAGACUCCCGGGCAGAUUUAAAAUUAACAUUAGAAUCCAACCUGGUGGCCACUGAGAACAUUGUUCUUUUCUUGUUGAGAAUAGGAAUUUGGGGGGCAAUGACCAUUUUUGUAAUUACUUCUUUCAAAUGAACAGCCCUGAACUUGCUUAUUAGCCUGGAAUCACUUGCCACUGUGCCAUGAAGCCAUGUCAUCACAUUUCCUUGGUUCCUACUCCAGAGAGAUUGAGGAAAGGGGGGUGGGGGACGUGGGCUUCAAAGAAGAGGGUGGUGAGCAAUUUUUGCUUGAGAAAAAUAUUGCCCUUUCCAUGAGGAAGGCAAGAUUUAUGUGCUGUGAAAAGGGUGCCUGGGCAGUUACCUGAACUGCCAAAUCUUAAAUCAAAUAGUAUAUAUUUCUUAGCCUUCCAGACAGCAGUAUCUAAUGGUGACAGCUAGUUGUACAGGCCUCAGCUAGCACUUUAUGGCUGUGCUCUCUGAGCUCUGCGUUCCAAAAUAUGAAACGAAUGCUUCAGGACAUGCAUGCACACCCAUGUUGUUAUCAUUCUCCUCCAAGGCCAGAUUUCUAUUUAAAAAAAACCUUCAAAACAGCAAAACCACAGAUAGCAACAAUGAAGACAAAAAUCACUGGGCCUUCAAACAUUUAUACCAGCCCCCAAAGUACAGACCCUGCCUACACUCAUCAAUCGCUGUCAUUACUGCUCUGCCUUAUCUCUGCUCAUGGAUUACGUUGGUCAUGGUCAUCAUAGAAGAGCAGCCUUCUGAGCCCAACACACAACUCUAAACAUGUCCAACUAGCUACAGUUGAGAUUUCCAUUUUGUGUCAUUAAGCCUCAUUGGUUUUUUUCAGCCUACGUAUCUAAGAAUUCUAUAUGUUCAUUUGCAAGGUUGAGCGAAAGCCUAAGUUGACCAACCAGUGAUAGAGGUGACUUGGGACCUGAUCCUUGGAUGUGAAAUAAGGGUUGAGGUAAUAAUAGGGAUGACUGCCUCAUUUGAUGAUCUGGCUUUCUCUCCAAGGCUGUGAUGAGGGCCUGUGUUUACAAUAGCAUGAGCUGCUAGGAAUGAUUGUCUUAAUUGGAGAGAUAAGGCUGAAUUCCUGCUGAUGAGCCCAAGGAAAGAGAGUUAUGAUAUAUUCUUUUAGAAAGCAAGAAGAAAAAAGAACCCUAAAAUAAAUGAAUGCUUAUGCUAUAGAUAAUAUACGUUAGUAAGAAUAUAAAAACUCUGCUUUACCUGGAAAAAUCAUCUCAAGGUUUCAUAAGAAAUUACUAGGGUAUGGAGACCAAAUUUUCAUUUAGUUUUUCAGUUGUAUAAUCACAGUUCCCUGGUCACAGAAGUCUCCAGCCUCUAGCGAUAAAGUGAUCCAUUUUGAAACUCUGAUUAAUUCCUUGGCAGGGUGAGAUGCUUUGCCGUCAUAAAAUGCCCAAAUAGCAUGGAAUGUGGCCAUACCCAUGAUUGUAAGGUUAAUAUUACCAGUGACCACUCAGGAACCACUGUCUAGCCAUUUAUUUUAAAUACAGGAAGGGAGACUUUUGGCUGAUACCUCGCAGGAAUGAAUCGUUCUGAUGUCAAAGCUCUUUAAAAAGCUUUUAAGAGUGAGUGCUAAAUCAGAAAGUAAGUAUCUGUAAUCCAUGUUCCUUAACAAAAUUUCUCUUUAUUUAUCUGUUUAGAUUAUUCUACUUGGAAAAGAUUGAGGUAAUUUAUAUUUUUAUUAUUAUUUUUAUCUUGCCUUAAAAGUUGAAGAAUCUGAUGCUUGUAGUUUUAGACGUAAAGCAUCUCCGAGGAAAAAAAAGGACAUUUUUAAUUCUUAUAUCUUAACCUUUGUAAAAUGUAAAAUUGGUAAGCCUGAAUCUACCAUCAGGCACAAAAUAGUGUGACUGUAUGACUUUUUGCAUGGAGAGGGUCACAGCCACCAUUAUGCAAAUCCUGUUAAAUAGUUCUGAUUUUAGAGGCAAUGGCAGCCAGAAAAAUGGAAAUGUUACCAUAUUUCUGGUUAAUAACCUCUGUCCCCACUCCCUUCUCCUGGACACCUCCUAGCCAAAUCCUCCCCUCUUUGUCCCCACCCCCCUCCUUCCAGGCUGACCAGUGCAUGGAAAAAAAAUCUUUCUUUUCUGCCUCCUCCCUUGUCUUGCCCAAAAUGAUGUACGUAAAACAUAACAGUUGUUAGACAUUCUUAAGUGCCCCCAAACUGCCCCAUUCCUGAAAGAUUCAGAUCAUUACAUUAUGGAGGGUUACUAUUUAACUAUUAUUGAGUUGUUUUCUUUUUGCCAUGAAAAUAGCCAUAAUCUCCUAUAUUACUGCAGUGGCAGCAGAGGCUGAAAAAUCGCAUGGACUCGCUCUCUUAUGCCACAGUCAUGUCCAGGGGCCCCCAUGUUCACAGUUCAUAAACUGUGACAUAAACUGUGUCAUGGACUUAACCUCCGUAGAUGCCGCAGAAAUCCAUCUUUCAUUUAACAGUGAUGACUACUCACUCAUUCCUUCCAUUCAUGUUCCUUGGCUUAACAUAUCAGGGGUAACAUGUACAUUACACUUACCAGCUUUGUGAGGCAAAGAACCAGGUAAAGACAUAUCUUUGGCUUGAAUUAUCCAUGAUUAUUGCCUCCUUCCUCCACAUUGCCAAAUAGAAACAGCAGACUGGUUGGUAAUUCUGCUGACUAAAUGAUAUGUGUUUUCACAUAUACCAUCUUUAUUGUGCUUUACAAUCAAUGAAAGAUCUUGAAAAUGCAAAGAGAAAAUGUGGUGCAGAGAAUAAAGUUUGGUUUAUGGAUCCAAGGAUAGGCUUUCCUUAAACAAACAUUAUGUACAAUACACAGAAAUAUUGACUAAAUUCCAUCUUUCUAAAAUCAAUGACUACUUUAUAAAUAUUCAUUUAAGAAAGAGCUCAAUUAAAAUUUGUCAAGUUAAACAAAAAAGAUAUAUUUAUAAUGCUAGAAGGAAACAAUCUCCAAGAUUUCUUAUAUGGACAAUUUUGAAUAGUAUCUUACCAAAGGGUGAUGUACCACAAUUUUUUUUCCUAAACAAAGUGUAAUUAUAUAUCCCAGGAGGGAGGAAAAAGGAACGUGAAAGCAUUUGUUCAUGCUGGUCCAAUCAGAAGUUACUGGGAUGAGGACAGAAAAACAAACAAAAAUAUCUCAGUUUCAUGAAAGCAAACUAAAUACAAAGGUAAACUUGUUAAGAGAAUGUAGAAUAUUGUGUAAACUUCCUUGUAAAUUUUGUACAUAGCUCAUUGAACUGUUCCCUGUUAUGUGGUGGUCCUCAACUUUGGGUGGAUGUUUGAAAACUCUGAGCAUUGUAAAUAAUGUAAGCUUAUAAGGCACUUGCUUUUAUUCAUAAAGUGAAAUGACUAGUGAUUUGGGCCCAAACCAGAAUCUUUUUAGGUCUUGCUCUUUUUCUGCCAUUUUGUGUAUGCAGUUGUGUAACUCUGCCAGGUGUCUGUGAUCCCUGCCUCACGCCCAACCCCACUGAAAGGGACAGUAGCUGCCAAGAAGGCUGCACAGUUGUGGGGCUCAGGAACAGCGCACCAGCAGAGACAGGAACUGUAGCGAGCUGCUCCUGGAAUUGUGUCAUGAAAAGUAGAGGUGUUUUUAUCAGUCAUUCGUGGCUAUUCAUAUAUUCAGAUACUGAAUUGUCCAUGCUGUUGAGGGGGUCAGGAAUGGAAGAGAUGAUCAAAAUCCACAGGUAACACAAAGCUUCAUUUACACCAAUAGCUAUAGCUUCUACAUUUUUUCCUUUCACAGUGUUUCCCAGAACUUCCAAUAAAAAAUAGAAGUAGAUGGAUGGGUUUGAUCAGGGUAAACAAACAGUCAAAUGUCCAAAUGAUGGGAAGAAGAAAAGGAAGAGAUAGGAAAUGACAUUGAUAACACCAACUGGCUGAUUCAUCCCUGAAAGAUCCAGAGGUAACCAUGUCACUAUUUUUAAAAGAUAAAGAGAAAUAUUGGUAAAAGUGGACUGGGAAUUAAAACAAGUAUUUUUCAACAGGGGGUCAGGAUAUGUUUGAUAUUUCCUAAACUUAAAAGAGAAUUAACUCUUCUAAAAUAUGUUUCUCCCAAGUCCUAGUGUUCUUGAAAAACUCCUCAGAAUGGUGGGAUAUUACGCCACAAGAUGUGUUUCCAUGAAAACUGGCAGUCCCAGAGAGGGUGAUGGUGUCUACAGAAAUUCAGGAUAUCCAAACAAGCAGGGACAUAGCUUGGCUGCUUAGUAAUAUUUUACAGUGAACAAUGGCUUUCUUGGAGAUAAGAGCUUAGUAAGGCCGGGCUUUUUGUGCCAGGAGAGUGCAGGGAGCCGACCUUGUGAGACAUUUUGGCUCUAAAAUGUGCCAACUAGGGUCCACCAUUAAUUGAAUAAGAUAAAUGCCCUAUUGGAACUAAUCAGGUCAGUCAACUUCUAGGUCCAGAACACAUUGUGCUUUUAUUUUAAUCAUGCUUUUUCUAGAUAACAGAAAUCAGCUAAAUUGACAGAAAACUUAACUGUUAGAGGCUGCAACUUCAUAAGCAAACAUUUGAAAACAAAUCCUUUUUAAUGGAAGAAUUGCAAACCAGAAAACACAAAGUUCCUGGAAGGAUAAGCAUAAAGAGUUUAGAGUUUGUUUUCACUUCUCCCCGAAUUUCCGUAUUUAAACUGAAGAGGUGUAACUGUUGUUUGUUUUGUUUUUCCUAAUUAAAAAAGUCCUUGGUAAAUCAGUGGACUCACAACCAUUCCUGAUUGGCCCCUAGAUACCUUGCACAUCCUGGAGUAACCAGCACUCAUGGCAAAGGCUUCAGCAGGAACUCAAUGUGGGAAAAGUAGGUGUAUUUCUUUUGAACCAGUUGGGAAAGCAAAGCAUUCUCAUGAGUGACUCUACCUGCAUUUCCUGUCCUAUAGACAAUAGAAAAAUAAAUCAAUAAAAGAGAGGCCAAAUAACAUUAUGCAUUUGCCUUAGGUACACAGGGUUACAGAUUCACUAGCUUAAAACAGCCCCAAUUGAAAGCCAAAGGAUAAAUAAAAGCAAUCAGUUUUGCUACCUGGCUGGCUUCUACUUCUCCCUGAGCUUCCUUUUGAAGAGAAACAGGGAAGAGGGGACGUUUUCCAGUAUAAUUUUUUAUAGGUGAAAAUUAUCAAAAUAUGAUCUGUGUGUGCAUUUUGCAGCUUUGGCUGUGUAAAAUAGCUGACCUCUCUUGUGUUCCUUCCUUUCCAGCACCACAUACGAUCCUGCCUCAUGCCUUAACCCAAUGAAAUCACUUCAUCUAUUUUUCCACUUUCUCAUUUCCAAACUUCAUAAGAUAUCUUGCCCAUGAAUAGGUGAAAACUUCAGCUUCUUUGGACCUAUACUGCAUAUCUUCAACUGAAUCCACAAAAACAAGGAAUCUUAAUAAUUUCCCCAAAUCCCUACUCCUAUUGCCCUUAAAAGGCCUUUGGAGGUAGUUUGUAUAAAUCACAGUAGCCUCCUCUGAAGUGCCUUGGAUUAUUUUUCUUUCCUGCUCUCCUGUCCCUUAUGUAAAGAGUACAUGUGUUUACAUAAACAUUCUCUCUGCCAGCCUAAUUCAAAAUAAAGUGGAAAUAAAAAGCAUUAGCUCAAACCUAGGAAAACUUACACUCUCUACACCAAAGUUUGAUGAUAAGACCAUCUCCUUACGUUAUAAUGUAGAUGUAAUACUGUGAGUUCACAUUGCAUCAAUUCUUUUUCAUCAAACUUGUUUAUUCAUGCCCUCUUUCAGUCUUAAUUAUAAACCAUUUAAAAAUCUAUUAUUAUUCCUCUCAGAAUGGCUUGUCAUUCAUGUAGCACAUCACUAGUUACAGACUGUCCUCUAGGAACUGGAUCCACUUCAUCCUUUCUGUAUCUGACUCCUAUUAUGGAUUUCCACUUCUAUGCAUCAUCACCCUACCUACUGCCCUCAGCCUUCUAGCGGACGUUACAUAUGGUUAGUAAUUGGACAAGUCUUAGUACAAACUGUCUAAAUUGCCCCUAUAAAAUACGUAGAUAUCUUUCUCCUCCAGACAGCAUUUCUAUAGACUUGGAAAACAAAGAGUUCUAAAGCCAAGCAAUGUGCAGCCUAACCCUACAAAGUUAAUAAUAAACGAGCUGCAUGGUGGGGAGAGGAAAAUUAUGGUGGACAGAAGACACCGUGGAGUUAGGAUUACAUGACAUGGCUCUUAUGCUGUCUCCAGCCCUGCCCAGUUGUGUGACUUUGGACCACCAGAUGACCUCCAAGUUCCCUUCCAGAACUAAAUUUUAAAAGGAAUUUUAGAAAGGUGUAUUUGUAUGGGAGAUUACAAAGAUACAGGGGCACCAUGUCCUCUGCUAACAUAGCCACACAAAUUUAGUAAUAUUCCCUGUUGCAUGUCUUUGAGAGUAAAGCCAUCGGAGUAAGCCAUGUGGUGUCAAGUGAAUUGAAUUCAAUACCUGUUCAUAUUCCUUUAAAAAAUAUAGAGAACAUACAGUUAAAUCUGCAGACAAGUGUAAAAAAAAUUAUUUUACGAUUUUAGUAAUGGUCUUUACUACAAUAUUUCCCUGUAAGAGCACUGGAGAGUCUCAGAGAACAGAAAACAAUGUGGUGUCUAUCUGCAGAUCUCUGGAAGAUGCAGAUCCCUUAGACCAUUCUGUUAAUUCAGUCAGGAAAAGCCACGAAACACCCCUCUUGAGUGGAAAAGCCACCUUCGAGGCAGCAUCAGAGCAGAAAAGCUGUUGCAGUGUCCGUCAGUAGUCCUCCCCACUCCUGGACUCCAUCACUGUCUUGUGUUCUGGAAGUGGAGUCGCAGAUAGGCUUGAGCUCUCAGGCAAGAGGCAGCCUCCUAUCUAGUUGGAAAAGAUUCCAGGUCUUUAGGACCUCUGUUAUCCGUUCUCCCAGCCCACUUCCUCCAGCUCCUUCCUUCUGCCACUUAAACUGGUUAAAUCUGCCAAAUGUUUUAGGCACAGCCAUGAAAAAACUGCAAGAUUACUUAUUAACAUUUCUAACUAUUCAUAUUUCUAAAGCAUGCAUCCUCCCCAUUCCAAUCUCUGAACAUGAUCCCCAAUGCGAUUCCUGCACACAGAUGUUCUUAACAUUUUUCCUUUUUUAAAAGACACCUUCCAACUCUAAAUUCUCAUGAUUCUCGAGAGCCCCCUGACCAUUCACAAUUGUUAGAAGAGUGCCUAGGAAUUUCUCCCUCCCAUCAUAGGCCAAUCUAUGAAUAGGGCUGCCUUUUUUUAACAAAGUGAGCCAAAUGUUCUGCCCCUCAACCUCAUACAACCUACCAAAAACUAUUGUUCCAACCUUCUGAUGAGCAGGUGUACUCAUCACUCCUCUUAAAGUAGGGAGUUAAUAGUUUCCUUUUUCUGGUUUCCCAUCCUUUUUACCUAGAGAUAGUUUCAUAUUUAAUGUCAUCUUUUUAAAGACAGAGGAAGCAAUCCUAAGUCUUUAAAUUCUCACCAAGUUGAGAAUAAUACUUACAAUAUGUAUAUCAAUUAGGAUUCAUUCAGAUCUAAGUAACAAAAGAUGCAACUGAAAGUAACCUUAACAAUCAAAAUGUUAUUCUCUCGUAUAACAGUAGGUUCAGAAGUAGGGUGGCUACUGGGUUAAUUAUUUCAAUAGCACGAUGAUGUCAUCCAGGACCCCCUCCCUUCCAUAACCAGUUCUUCCUAACUCUUCACGUUCUCAGCACCCAUUGUGGUUGCAAACUGGCUACACUCAUGCACACAUACCACCUGGCAGAAGAAAGGAAAGUCCUGCCUUGGGUCUCUUUUUAAGAGCAACAAAACUCCCCUAGCAGUCUUCUCUUUUGUCCCAUCGGCCAGGGUUGGAUUACAUAUCCAUUCCUGAACCAGUCACUGAGAAGAGGAAUGGAAUUGUCAUGACUGGCUUACAACAUUGACCCUCCCCCCACCCCAGAGCUGCCCAAUAACUGAAGAAAAAGAGGGAGGAUAUGUGAACAAAAAGAAGGAAACAUGGCUUUUGGAGAGACACCCAAGAAUGACUGUCACACAUGGAUGUAAGGCAGGAAACACUUCCCACACAUAAUUUCACGAUUUGAUCUUCACUACAACCCCAUGAAGUUAUGAUGACAAUACCAAUAUUUGGAAAUCGAGGCUCAAAUAGGUUAAUGAUUUACCCAAGAUCUGAUAACUAGUUAGUGAUAGAGUUAGUAUUCAACCUGAGCUUUUCUUGGCUCCAAAGGGAAAGCUUUUUCCACUCGACUACACUGCCUAGAUUUAAUCCUUUUUACCUUGAUGAUCUAGGUUUCAGGUAGUUCAAAGAUGAGUGGAGAGUAGGAGGAAAGAGAAGAAUUUCCACCCGCAACAGCUAGUUACUACGUCCAGUAACCACUCCUGUUCUUUUUUACCCCUCUUCUCCACCCUCCCCAUCUCCUACACAAAAGCCUUUCAUUUUUCUCACAAGGGAAGGUGUAGAAGGAAUAGCUUGUGCAACAACCGAAUAGCCUGAAGUGUGCCCCAGUUCUUUCUGGAUAACAUUAUUGAUAGGGGACCAUAAGCCCUAGUUUGCCCAAGACAGUCCCAGUGUGUAAUUAUCAAUAGAGCCACCUUUUGCUCUCAAAACCGUCCAUUGAGAUAAUAAAUUACGUAGUCACACUAAUUAUGGCAUCUCAUAAUUCCCAUACCUACAGGAUAUGGGAAAUAUCAAUAAGUUAAUAUUAACAUCUUGGAGAAAAUAUAUGUCUUGGCUCCCUAUGGAAUCAUUUAUUAAGUGUGACCUCAGUCUUUUCCACCACUCAGGCUCACUUAUUUCUUAUGGUUCCCCUUACUCAACCUCAAGCCAGCUCAUCCUCAGGCCUUUCCUACCCUGCCACUGCAACAGCCACACAUCAUCCCUGAAGGUUCUCGUUGCUGUACUUGAAAUUUUACAUUUUAUUUCUGCUGCCCAGAUUUUCCUCUUCCUAGCCCUUCCCAAUGGUGAAUUAGGAAUCAGGCCAAUAUCAUCCAAAAAGCCAUCCAUGAGCAACUUUUGUUCAUUCUGUUCACUCUCCUGCUAGCACUGCCUCAAUUCCUAUGACCAUUUUGUCCAAUAGUAAUAGUUAUUUCAUUUUUGUAUUUUCCAGCAGUUUCGCAAACAGAUAUUUUGCCUCUCUAAAUAAAGAGUAAGAUCUUUAAGGGUAAACGCCCCAUUUUCUGAUUCUCUUGUAUUGCCCAAAGCAUCCCUUGUUCUGUCCAUGGUAGUGAGUCUGUAAAUGCUGAUUAAAUGACCUACAUUGGUAAAUGAAGCAAUUGAGAAACACAUUUCCGUAACAGGCAAUACUUCAGGAUUACAGAUAAUAUCUUGUGAGGCAGGUGCUCCCAGAAAACCUCUCCCAAGUUAUUUUAGUCCCGUAGAGCCUAUGUCUACAACCUUUAAGUGGAUUUAAAAAAUGCAAAUUUACAGUUGAACCCAGGUUGGGGUCUGUGCAAAGUGGUCGUUGAGAUUUUUUUUCCUUUGCUCAUAGCUAAACAGACUGAAUCCUAAUACCAUCAUUCUAGAUUCCACCAGUUCUGGCAGAAUUGAACUUUCCAUGGUAGUUACUACUGCUUUUCCUUUAUGGAAAAACGAAGUUUUUCAUUUAAGUUUUAUUUUUCCCAUUUACCCACCUUUGCCUUACUAAAAGCCUUUUGAAUCUAGGUUCUGUGGGAUGUUUAUUCUUGAAGGUGGGACUGCACUGCAUAUUCAGGACACUCCAAUGUGAAUUCUCAGAGAAUACUCCCAGAGAGUAUUGCAUCCAAAUUUCAUUUCUGCCAAGAAAUAAAUAGAAAGUUUAGAACUAUCUAAGGGGUAUGGGCAGUUCUUGACAUUCACCACUGUUCCUCUAGACUGCAUAAAAUAGAUGUACAGAGAAAUACCUUUUCUGCCCCCCUCAUUUCAAUUAACUUUCCUCUUCUCCUGUUAUGUAUAUUAUUUACAUACUUGCAUAAAAGAAAUAUAUCAUUUGCAAGCCUUACCUCAGAGUGGCAGCCAGCCACCCGUUUUACUAGACAACAUAUUUUUCUACUUGAUACUCCCGCAAAUACUUUGAAUUGCAGUGUAUCUGCUUUUUCUUUAUUUAAGCUAAUCAACGCAUGUUAAUCUGUUUCUUACGUCUUUUUGAAAUACUCACUGGAUAAAGCUUGAAAUAUUUUAUAUUUUGCAACAGUGCCCCUGACACAUUUUUAGGGAAGCCAAUUGAUUAUUCCAAUCACCACAGUGUCAUGAAAAACAGAAUUAUAUAUCCAAGUGAUAUUUCAUAUUCAGAACAUCCACUACUCUUCUAAGUAGGGAAUGCUCGUGACUCGAUAUGCAUAUAUUUCUUGACUGUGUUGCUCAACUCCUUACUUUAGAGGGGCCAAUACCCUCUUGAUAAAAACUAUCAUGUGGCAUUAUUACAAAGUCAAGAUUGCAUGAGGUUUUUGGAAAUUCCAAAUGAUAUGUUUACAAGGACCAAAAAUUUUUUGACAUCUUUAAAUAAGCUUUUUAUUUUUGACCACCAGGCAGCAUUUUGUGCCAUUGUGAUAGGAACCUAAUGGCUAAUGUGAAAUAAUGUUGUUGUGUCAUUUAAAUGGUUAAGAAAUGUAAAUUGGAAACUUUAAUAUUGUUUAAGUAUAAAUAAAACUGUUUUUGAGAGAAAUGCAUCUGGGCUGAGGAUGGCUUGCUUGAAAAAUUCUCUUGGCUGUCCAUCAUCUCUGAAUAAUUAUUUCACUCCUUUUGACUUUCCCCAAGGAGACUCAACCUGAGGCAAAGAUCUUUAUACAGAGAUUCAGGUUUGGGAAAGCAGGACUCAUUAGGCUAAAGAAUAGGAAAAUUACUAUCUUGCCAGUAAUGGAACACCUCUUUGGCUACCACCUCACCUAAAACUUGAUUGAACCCCAAAAUUAGCUAAACUUUCCAAAUCAGUCUCCCACCAUGUUAAUUCAUAGCACACUGUACUAUAGCUGGGGCUUUCAAAAGCAGGUGCUAUAUAUAUAUACAGAAAGAAAUUCAUGCCUUCUGUUGCCUCUCAAAAUCCAUUAAGCUUUUUGAAUGUUUUUAUUCCUUGUGUUUUUAAAUCUCCUCUAAUCAAUUUGCUGAAUGGUCUAUCUACCCUCCUACCAAGCAUAAUUGUAGCUAAUUCUUAUCCUGAUUGGUAUUACACAGUUCUUGUAAAUAAAAUAAUCCCUUUCUCCCUCUUUAUUUUUUAGCAGGCAGAACUCCUUUAAUUGCAAAAAAAAAAAAGUUACAAUAUUUUAAUGUUCUUUUGCUUUUUUGACACAAGCAUUUGCUUUCUUACAUAAGCAGAUAAUGCUUUUGUACACCUACCAGACCACUGAAAAAGCCAAAUGGCAAGAAUUAGUAUUCCUGGAAACCUAUAGAAAUUUUCAUGAAAAGGGACAGGUUUAAAAAAUGCAAAGAAAGGAAAGGUGGACUCCUUACUUUUAUAAUUCAAGUUUCUAUUUUGUAUCAAUAUAUGCUGCAUUUUCUGAUUGAAACUGCUAUUCUGUCUGAUGACAUCUGUGAUUUUCUGUAGCUUCUCUUUACAUCUGAAAUCAAACUUUCAUACAGGGUGUUUGAUUGUAUUCUUUGUUAGGGAUUUGAUUAAAAUAUUCUAGCCAUUUCAUUAAUUCCUUUUUACGUGCUUAACAUAUGAGAUGUCAUGCCUUCACUAUCUCAAAGACUAUCUGUGGACAAAAUCCAUGAAACCUAUAGACUGUGAGCUAUACACAUGAAAGAAGAAACAGAUUUCACUCUAAGCAGAGAAUCAGUGAAUAGGAAACUAUUUGGCGUCCUCCGAUUCCUGACCCUUUGAUCUUCAUGGCCUUUUUUCUAUUCUUAAUCAUUCAUUGAGUAAUCGUAUAUUCUUGUAAAAUGCAAAAUCAACUUACAUGCAAUCAGGUAUGGACACAAGAAAUGCUUGUGCUCUCGACUUCAGGACUCACAGAUACCCUAGCCGUCAGAGGACUGUAGUUCACUCAGUAUUUUUGUUAAUAGUGUGGCUGUGCUAUAAAGUAGGUCGCUGUUUUUUUUGCUUUGGUACUACAAGAUUUUAAAUGUUGCAGCAAAUGAAAGAAAACAUUUGAAGGCUGGUGUCAAAAAUCAUCAGCUAUACUUACAAAAGCCGUGUGCAGCUUCUGAAAUGUAGUUUAUUGCUGUAAAUAUGUACAAUUUAUGUUAGCUUGUUUAUUCCUAAAACAUAAAUAAAACCUUUUUUAUUAAAAAUGCCUACAUAUAAAAAGCUUACUUUGUACAAUGUUUAAAAACAUGCAAGAUUUCAGGCAUAUCUUUUUAUAAUCUUUAAAAACGUUUAGAAUUCUGACUCUAUUAUUUGAGAGCUUUUAUUGUAAAAUUUAAUACAAAGCUAAAUCCCUUUAUUUGGAAGAAAUUCUUUGCAGUAUUACCCAGCAAUUGGAGAAAAAAAUACCAGCACUUUUCCAAGAGCUUAUUUCUGUACCAUUUUGAUUUUUUUAAAAAAUAUUCUUUAAGAUAACACGCCUUACAAACAUUUGAACGUAUGGAACAUUUAUAUAUUAGGAAAAAAAGAAGUGAAGUCUCCUUGUAUUUAAAAAUGAUGCCUAAAACGGACUUUAAUAGCAUCCAUUUGUGAGGUGCAUUAUGUCGAUUUUUUUUUUAAUCUCCACUGUAAAUAUAAAUAUUAGAGUUGGCCUAUUUGUCAGUUUUUCCUAAUUUGAAGACCUCCAACUUCCGUACUCAUUCUCUCCCUUCAGAAAGAAUAUGUUGACAAUAAAAUAAUGAACAGAA